GAGAGGCUCUGCCCAAGCAAGGAAACAGUGCGCCGCAGCACGCCAGUCGCCAAGAGAGGCUGCCCACAACAAGGAAACAGUGGCAGUCUAGCCAUGCACCUCUCCCCGGAGUUCACCCAGGACAGCGCCCUGGCCGCGGCCGUCGGAGGCAUGGGCAUCGGCGCCGUGGCGACGAUCUUCGCGCAGACGAACCAGCGCCUCCUGCCGUCGGCCACGCCGGACGCCGAGGUCUGGACCGGCAUGGUGGCCGGCGCCUUCGCGUUGGUGUCGAACCCGUUCUUCGCCCUCGUCGACGACGCGUCUUUUGAGGGAGAUUCAUUACGGGGCCUGGGCCUCGUGAGACUCGGCGUCGCUGGGUUGUUAGUGGGGGCGGGUUCAAAAAUGGGUGCGGGCUGCACCUGCGGCAACGGCAUCCAGGGCCUGGCCUGUUUCUCCAAGGCGAGCUUUGGAUUCGUCCUGGUGUUCAUGGCCACGGGGGGCCUCGCCGCGUACCUGGUGGGAAACGACUUCGCGCCAGCGGCAUCAUCAGGGUUCUCGUGGCCGCUCGCGCGCGCCGUCGCGAGUGUCGCCGUCGCCCAGUUCUUCACGCGGACGAACAAAAAAGUGAGCAACGUGUUGGGGGGCUGCGGCUUCGCCGCGUCGCUCGUGCUUGCGGCGAUGGUGAAACCGUCGAAGAUCGAGGGUUUCCUGCACUUCUCGGCGGCGCGGGGCUGGGACCCGUCGCUGGCCUUCGUCAUGGGCGGCGCGCUGCUCGUCGUUGGUGUGGCGUGGCGCGUCCUCGGGCUCGUGGACCUGCCGCCGAUGCGGGCCUACGCGGGCCGGCCGCUCGACGCGAAGACGCUCGUCGGCGGCGCGUGUUUUGGCGCGGGCUGGGGCCUCGGCGGGCUGUGCCCGGGCCCCGGCGUCGUGAGCGUCGGGACGGGCUCACUCCCGGCCGCGGUGUGGCUCGGGGCGAUGGUCGCCGGCCGCGGCCUCGCGAGUACGGCCCCCGCCGCGAAGGCGAGCUAGGGAGUAAAUUUACGCGCGGC